CUGAUCGAUCUCGAAAAUGUCUUCACAUAAUUCAGCCUCUGCGAACGAUCCACGUCAGCCAUCGACGGCGAAGCCCUUUGUGGCAACUCCAGUGGCUCCUCAAGAAUUGCCCAUCGAUUACGCUGGUUUCAUCGCCGUCGUUUUCGGGAUUGUCGGCGUCAUGUUCAGGUACAAGAUAUGCUCUUGGCUCGCAAUCAUAUUCUGUGCGCAGUCACUGUCGAAUAUGAGGAACAUCGAGACUGAUCUUAAGCAAAUUUCCAUGGCUAUGAUGUUUGCGAUCAUGGGCUUGGUGACAAACUACUUAGGGCCUGCUCGACCGGGCACAAAGAGUUGAGAUACCUAGAAUGGAGUCAAGAUGAACUAUGACAGUGUACCACAUUUUUUUUUUCAGGCGCUUGAUGUUGACAUU